AUGGCUCAAAUCAGAGGGACGGCAGGAUACCACUUGGGCUCGCAGCCUUCGUUUGGCGGUCCCGGGCGACCAGACGCCACUAAUGAUCCCAGUCCGCUGGAUGCCAUUCGUGAACAGACCAGCAAGAUUGAAGACUGGCUCGACACCUUGUCGCAUCCCGUCAAGCCUUACAUCCCUGCGAUUGGCCGUUUCCUCAUCGUCGUCACCUUCCUCGAAGAUGCCCUGCGCAUCAUCACCCAAUGGAGCGACCAGCUCACCUACCUGCACGACUACAGACACAUCCCCUCUGGCCUCACCCACAUGUUCCUCAUCGCCAACGUCAUCGCCAUGAGCGCCUCGUCCUUCAUGAUCAUCGUCCGCAAGCACAGCGAAUACGCCGUCAUGGGUCUCUUCGGCGUCGUCAUCACCCAAGCCCUCGGCUACGGCCUCAUCUUCGACCUCAAUUUCUUCCUGCGUAACCUGUCGGUCAUGGGAGGUCUGCUCAUGGUGCUGUCCGACAGCUGGGUGCGCAAGCGAUUCGCUCCCGCCGGCCUCCCCACCCUCGACGAAAAGGACCGCAAGAUGUAUUUCCAGCUUGCGGGCCGCGUGCUGUUGAUUUUCUUGUUCGUGGGCUUUGUGUUUGCUGGCGAGUGGAGCUUUGGAAGGGUCGUGGUUAUUUUGCUGGGAGCGGUUGCUUGUGUGAUGGUUGUGGUGGGCUUCAAGGCCAAGUGGAGUGCUGUGAUGCUGGUUGUCAUUCUCAGUGUUUUCAACUUGCUCGUCAACAACUUCUGGACUCUUCACCACAAUCACCCCCACAAGGACUUUGCUAAGUACGAUUUCUUCCAAAUCCUGUCGAUUGUCGGUGGUCUGCUCCUCUUGGUCAACAUGGGCCCCGGUCAGUUCAGUGUCGACGAGAAGAAGAAGGUCUACUAG